AUGAGGAACAUCUUCAAGAGGAACCAGGAGCCCAUUGUGGCUCCUACCACCACCACCGCCACAAUAUCAACCGGGCUCUUACCCAACUCUACCGAGAGUGGGGGCGCUGGGGAGAGUAAGGAGGACAUUUUUGCCAAGAUAAAGGAGAAAUUCUUCAAUGAGAUCCAGAAGAUCCCCCUACCACCCUGGGCACUGAUCGCCAUUGCUGUGGUCGCUGGCCUCCUGCUCCUCACCUGCUGCUUCUGCAUCUGCAAGAAGUGCUGCUGCAAGAAGAAGAAGAACAAGAAGGAGAAAGGCAAAGGCAUGAAGAAUGCCAUGAACAUGAAGGAUAUGAAAGGGGGUCAGGACGAUGACGAUGCAGAGACCGGCCUGACUGAGGGAGAAGGUGAAGGAGAGGAAGAGAAAGAGCCAGAGAAUCUGGGCAAACUGCAGUUUUCCCUGGAUUAUGAUUUCCAGGCCAACCAGCUUACCGUUGGCGUUCUGCAGGCUGCUGAAUUGCCUGCCCUGGACAUGGGAGGCACCUCAGACCCUUAUGUCAAAGUCUUCCUUCUUCCAGACAAGAAGAAGAAAUAUGAGACCAAAGUCCAUCGGAAGACACUGAACCCUGCCUUCAAUGAAACUUUCACCUUCAAGGUACCAUACCAGGAGCUAGGAGGCAAAACCCUGGUGAUGGCUAUCUAUGACUUUGACCGCUUCUCCAAACACGACAUCAUUGGGGAGGUAAAGGUGCCUAUGAACACUGUGGACCUUGGCCAGCCCAUCGAGGAGUGGAGAGACCUGCAGGGCGGGGAGAAGGAGGAGCCGGAGAAGCUGGGCGACAUCUGCACCUCCCUGCGCUAUGUGCCCACGGCUGGGAAGCUCACCGUCUGCAUCCUGGAGGCCAAGAACCUGAAGAAGAUGGACGUAGGCGGCCUUUCAGACCCCUACGUGAAGAUCCACCUGAUGCAGAAUGGCAAGAGGCUCAAGAAGAAGAAGACGACGGUGAAGAAGAAGACCCUGAACCCCUACUUCAACGAGUCCUUCAGCUUUGAGAUCCCCUUCGAGCAGAUUCAGAAAGUCCAGGUGGUGGUCACCGUGCUGGACUAUGACAAGCUGGGCAAGAACGAAGCCAUCGGCAAGAUCUUUGUGGGCAGCAACGCCACGGGCACAGAGCUGCGGCACUGGUCCGACAUGCUGGCCAACCCCCGGAGGCCCAUCGCCCAGUGGCACUCGCUCAAGCCCGAGGAGGAGGUGGACGCACUCCUGGGCAAGAACAAGUAG